AUGCCUGGCAUUCUCCUGCGACAGCCCGAUACCGACGCUGUUGCUAUGGCAGGCACUACCGCCCGGUCCGAUUUCUACCUCAUCGCGAGCGAGGAUGCGAUCUACGAGCAGGAUAUCCUUCGCAACCCGGGCAGCGUGCGACCAUGGCUGACCUACAUCGACUACAAGCUACGAAACGGCACGCUCCACGAGCAGGCCUUCAUUAUGGAGCGAGCAUGCGUUCAACUGCCACGGUCGUACAAGCUGUGGAAGAUGUAUCUCGAUUUCCGAAUCAAGCAUCUCAAGAAGAAAAAUCCCGUCAAGUUCAAGGCCGAGUUCAACAAGGUCAACGCUUUGUUCGAGAAGGCGCUGAUCUUGUUGAACAAAAUGCCAGUCAUCUGGGAGACCUAUUUGACUUUUCUGCUACGCCAGCCAUUCGUGACAAGGACUAGACGAACGUUUGACCGGGCGCUCCAAGCUCUGCCAGCCACCCAGCACAAUCGGAUAUGGAAGCUCUACAAAGCCUUUGCAGACUCGGCGUCUGGCGAGACUGCGGUGAAAGUAUGGGCUAGAUAUGUUCAGAUACACCCAGAAGACACGGAGGAUCUGAUCGAUCGGCUCGUUGAUACGGGACACUAUCGUGAAGCCGUCAAGCGGUACAUACAAAUUCUCGAUAACCCCAAGUUCCGAUCGAAGCACGUCAAAAGCGACUUUCAGCUAUGGACGGACAUGGUGGAGUUGAUUGUUAAUAAGGCCCGCGAAAUUGGCGAUAGCUCAACUUCGGGAAUUGAUGCAAACGCCAUCAUCCGCAGUGGCAUCGUGCGCUUCCCCGACCAGCGAGGUCGAUUUUGGGCGGCAUUGGCUACUUACUGGAUUACAAGGGGCGACUUCGAACAAGCGCGGGAUGUGUUUGAGGAGGGCAUCACGACCGUUAUGACCGUUAGGGAUUUUACGAUGAUUUUCGACGCGUAUGUGGAGUUCGAGGAGACAGUGAUAUCUUCGUUGAUGGAGGCUGCUUCAGCUCGUGCCGCGAAAGGGAAGGUCGACGCAGAGAAAGAUUUCGACCUUGAUGUGGGCAUGUUGCGUUUUGAGCACUUGAUGGAUCGUCGGCCGUUUCUGGUCAACGACGUGUUGCUCCGUCAAAAUCCAAGCAACGUUGUGGAAUGGGAGAAGAGGAUAGCGCUCUGGAAGGACAACAAGGAGCAGGUGGUUCAGACAUACACGGACGCGAUCGCGGCGACGAACCCGAGGAAAGCCGUGGGCAAAUUUCACGAACUCUGGCUCAACUAUGCCAAGUUGUAUGAGGAGGGAGGAGAUCUCGACACAGCUCGCAUUAUCCUCGACAAGGCCGUCAAGGUACCAUACAAGGCCGUAGUCGAGUUGGCGGACACAUGGAUCGGAUGGGCUGAAAUGGAGCUAAGGAACGAGAACUUCGAGGCUGCCAUGAAUGUCAUGGCCGCCGCUACCAAAGCGCCUAAGCGAAGUACGGUCGACUACUUUGACGAAACACUGUCGCCACAACAGAGGAUUCACAAAUCGUGGAAGGUUUGGUCUUUUUAUGUCGACCUCGUCGAAUCAGUUGGUGAUAUCAGUGAGACACGGGCCAUAUACGACCGAAUCUUUGAGCUCCGCAUCGCAACACCUCAAACGGUGGUCAACUACGCCAACCUGCUGGAGGAACACGGGUACUUUGAGGAAUCUUUCAAGGUCUACGAACGCGGACUGGACCUCUUCUCUUAUCCUGUGGCCUUUGAGCUCUGGAAUCUCUACCUCACCAAGGCCGUGGAUAGGAAGAUCGAGAUCGAGCGGCUUCGCGACCUCUUUGAACAGGCAGUCGAAAACGUGCCGGCGCAAUUUGCCAGGGCCAUCUUUAUGAUGUAUGGCGCUCUUGAGGAAGAACGAGGGCUCGCACGGUCUGCUAUGCGCAUCUACGAGCGAGCCACCCGUGCCGUCUCGGACGAGGAUAGACAGACCAUGUUCGACUUCUACAUCGCGAAGUCGGCACAGAACUUUGGCCUCACAUCGUCUCGCCCGAUCUAUGAGCGCGCCAUCGCUGCAUUACCUGACCAGGAGGCCAAAGAGAUGUGCCUCAAGUUCGCCGAGAUGGAGCGACGCCUGGGAGAGAUUGACCGUGCAAGGGCCAUCUACGGACACGCCAGCCAAUUUGCCGAUCCACGCGUCGAUGCCGCAUUCUGGCGCACGUGGGAGCAGUUCGAGGUGGCGCACGGCAACGAGGAUACCUUCAAGGAGAUGCUACGCAUCAAACGCAGUGUGGCGGCGCAAUUUAACACCGACAUCAACUUCAUCGCCAGUCAGGCUGUGGCCAAGGGCCAACAAGCAGCUGCUCUCAAUGGAAAACACGAUGAAGGGCAUGACGGGGAGGCGAAGGACGCAAUGGCUGCGCUGGAGAGGCAGGCACGUGCGCCGGUCGGCUUCGUUGCUGCCUCCUCCGGCCCAGAGGGUGGGAAUCGAGCUCCGCAGCCUGCACCGGCCGCAGCACCAGCAGCAAAUCCGGACGCGCUGGACGUUGAUAUCGACGAUGACGACUGA